GACUGACACACAGAGGUUCAACCUCUUCUCUUCAAAGCCCAGAGCCCAGAACACAAUGGCUGCAGACAUUAAAAUGCUUUUUUGUGUUGGACUUGCUUUUGUACUAACAGGUGUGGGACAGUCUUCGUUUAUUGGGAAGAGCCACAGCGGAGGAAAGGAUGAUCCAGUGCUGCAGUAUGUAGUCAACAACUCACUGAGGGAGCACGAAGUCCUCACCAAACUCAGAGUGAGAACCCUUGAAGAUCCAUGGAGUAAGAUGAUGGUUGCCAGUGAACAAGCCCAGUUUAUGGCAAAUCUCAUUAAACUGAUCAAUGCAACUAAAGCCAUUGAAAUCGGCAUGUACACAGGGUACAAUGCACUGAGCAUGGCUUUGGCCAUGCCAGAGAACGGACGUGUGGUGGCUUGUGAAAUAGAAGAAACCUAUGUGAACAUUGCCAAACCAUUUUUUAAAGAGGCUGGAGUUGAAAAUAAGAUAGACAUAAGAAAUGAAGCAGCCAUGAAGACACUGAAUGACCUGAUAGCAGCUGGGGAAGCUGGAACAUAUGGCUUUGUGUUCAUCGAUGCUGAUAAAGCCAACUAUGAUGGAUACUAUGAGAAAUCCCUUGAACUCAUACAAAAAGGGGGCAUCAUUGCUAUUGACAAUGUGCUGUGGAGCGGAAAGGUGGUGAAUCCUGCUCCCAAUGACCGCACCUCCCAGGUUCUGGAUGCUCUUAAUAAGAAGCUGCAUAAGGACCAAAGGAUUGAUCUGAGCAUGCUCACUGUGGGCGAUGGCCUGACCAUUGCCAUUAAACGCUAAAAUAACUAGUUAGAAAGUUAAACGUGUUUUUCUUAAUUGUGCAAUGGUUUUGAUAUUAAAUAUAAGCAGAGAACAUCA